AUGGACGGGCUGCAGGGCUCCGAGCGGCGGUCGCUCCUGGCGGCGGCCCGCGGGGCGUACAAAGGGGCUUUUGGAGGGGUGGACCCCAAGAUCGCGGCGUCGGCGCCGGGAAGGGUGAACCUGAUCGGAGAGCACACCGAUUACAACCAGGGCUUCGUGCUGCCGAUGGCCUUGCAGAUGGGAACCGUGAUGGUUGGGAGUCCGAGGCAAGAUGGAAUCAUAUCCAUCGUCACGACAGCUGAAGAAGCCGAUGAGCCCAAAAGGGUGCAGUUUCCAGUUCCAGUGGAAGGUGGUGCCUUGAAACCAGGAGAACCUCGAUGGGCAAAUUACGUCAAGGGGGUGAUCCAGCAUUAUAGGGCUGCCCCCCUCCCUGGCUUUAAUGCGGUCAUAGCCAGUAACAUUCCACUGGGUGGUGGUCUCUCAAGUUCAGCAUCCUUGGAGGUGGCUACCUACACAUUUCUGCAGCAGCUUUGUCCAGAUGAUGGGGAUCCAGUAGCUAAGGCACUGGCAUGCCAGAAAGCGGAGCACACCUUUGCAAUGAUGCCUUGUGGGAUCAUGGACCAGUUCAUCUCUGUGAUGGGGAAGGAAGGCCAUGCUUUGCUGAUAGACUGCAGGUCACUGGAGACUCGCCUGGUUCCUUUGACUGACCCAAACCUAGUUGUUCUCAUCACCAAUUCCAAUGUACGGCACACCUUGACAGGCAGCGAAUACCCCACACGUCGGCGCCAGUGUGAAGAGGCAGCAAAGGUGCUUGGCAAGGCAAGUCUGAGAGAAGCCAGCAUGUCCAGCUUAGAGGCUUCUAAGGCCCUGCUGAGUGAGGAGGUGUACAGGAGAGCCAGGCAUGUGAUCGGGGAGAUCGAACGCACUACCGAGGCAGCUGAGUCACUGCAGGCCCGGGAUUACAAGAGAUUUGGGCAACUGAUGGUGGAGAGUCACAAUUCUUUGCGGAACGAUUACGAUGUGAGUUGUGCGGAACUAGAUGAGCUGGUGGCAGCUGCUUUAGAGGUCCCCGGCGUUUAUGGCAGCCGAAUGACUGGAGGCGGGUUUGGUGGUUGCACGGUCACUCUGCUCGAAUCCAGUGCCACAGAGGAAGUCUUGAGACACAUUAAGGGAAAAUACAGCAGGACCGCAACCUUCUAUUGCACAAAAGCUUCUGAUGGCGCCAAAGUACACUCUCUUCCUUGACAGAACGUCCCGUCUCUCUACAAGGACCCGCAGCCUUUUCGUUACCAGAAAGAAAAUUGCUAGGCCCUGAGCCAGUUUGCCCACCUGAUC